ACCAGCAAUCCCAAAUCCCAAUCCUUCGUUUCCUCUAUCCAAAACCCUCCUUCCCCAAAACCCUAGGAGGUGGCCAUCGCCUUCUAGAUUGUCACUCUGAAUUCGCUUCCUUUCCUCUACCAUUUUGCCCUUAUGGCCUCCUCCAGGUUCUUCCACCUCAGCUCCGCCUUUCUCCGCUUACGCCGGAAGUCAAACCGAUUUGCCCUAUCUGCGCUGCCUCUCCCCCUUUCCCCGUCCCCCCCUCACCGUCUUUUUCACUCGGGACGAUUCCCUGCUCUUCAAAUUCGUCGGCUUCAGUUCUUCUUCUCCACCUCAGCGGCCGCUUUGGAUAGCGUAGAGGCGGCCACUUCUGCUCAUCCUUGGCCUGAAUGGGGCCAAUUCGUGGAAAAGAUAAGGAGCAAAGGAUACUUUGAGAUUGUCGCUUCCGAGGCUGUAGAUGAUGAAGGGGAGGCUUUAACUGUUUGUAGAACUCCUGCUUUGGGGGAUAAAGGGAUUGCCUUGGAUAUCAAUAGGCUGAAAAACGCUUGCCUUAAGUUUGCAAGAGAGAGAUUUGAUAUUUUGAGGUCUCUGCCUAAGGAAGACAUUAGAGCUAUUGUUGAGUGUGGAUGUCCCAAUAUUUUCAGAAAAUCUGUUAAUUCUGCAAAAAGGUUGAGAGCAUUUCUGAGGCUUGAUGAAGCGGAUGUAUGCUGUGCUUGCAAUCUUCGUGCAUCUUGUGAUAGAGCCUAUAAAACUGUGCAUGAAGAAGAAGGAGCUCGCACAGUGGAUAUUAUGCGUGUCUUAUUAAGCUAUGCUGUCAAUCCAGCUGCUCUUUUAGGUGGAGAGAAUUCUCCUGUGAAGGUUCAAGUUCAGGACUCUGCCCGCAAGCUUCUUUCAGAAUUUACUAAUUUAAGUGACACAAUCAUUGAUCCAGCACUUCCAAAGCCCAUUCUAAAUAUUAUUACUCAGAAGGAAGCAUCUAGUCAAUUAAAGACAACCACCAACAAAAAGAAGAAUACUCAAGAUGUUGAAAUGAAGAAGGGGGACUGGCUAUGCCCUAAUUGCAAUUUCCUCAAUUUUGCUCGGAAUGUUCGCUGUCUGGAGUGCAAAGUAGAUGGACCAAACAAAGUUGAUAGCGAUGCUAUGAAAAUGAAGCCAGGAGAUUGGAGCUGCCCAAAGUGCAACUUCAUGAAUUUCGCUCGCAACAGAAAGUGCUUCCGCUGUCUGGAAGAACGGCCCAAGAGAGAUCUAAACCCUGGAGAUUGGGAAUGCCCUGAAUGCGACUUCCUGAACUUCAGUAGAAACCAGGUCUGUCGGCGGUGUAACCGGGAUCGGCCCGGUGAGGGAGGCUCUGAAUCUAAAGAUCAUAUCUGGAGGAAACCAGGAAAUUCCAGAGAGAUCAAAGAUUUUAUGUUUGGGGAGAGUGAAGAAGAAAAGACUGACAGUGAGGAUGAUAUAGCCAGAGAAGAAGACCACGACGACAAUGAUGACGAUGUAUGGCCACACGCCCCUGCAAAAAGGAACCUCGCUUCUGCCAGAAAGAGAAAUAUCAUGAAGAAUGAUGGCUAAUGAGAAAUUAUUAUGUGUGGAGACUGGAUGCAGAACGUCGUUCAUAGAUCAACUAGAAUGCUCUGCGUUAGCGGUACUGAGUGGUACCGAGCCAUGAUACCAAGUGCCCGGGUAACGUGGCACAUUUUGGUUGGUCUUCGGAUGACGUUCGACGUCCGCACAAAAUAAUUAAUCUUGGCUAACAAUGCUGUGAUAUUUUUGAAAGCCUUCUCUUGUUAUCUGCUGAUUCAUGGGCGAAAGCUUUUGCAUCUUUGUUGCUGUGUUCAACCUUUACCUUUGCUUCUAUAGCAACAUUUUCAUGAUGAAUUGGUGAAUCUUUAUCAGAAUCAAUGAAGAUUUCCUUUUGCAUGAAUGUAAUGGCUGAAGCCCCAGAUGAUUAUUUUCCCUUGUGAUCAAAAUGAGCGAGAUUAAUGUAAUGUAUUUGCUGAUGUUUCUUA